CGCGCAUUCCUGAGCAGGCCGAGGGGUUGCUGGGACUUGUUUGGCUCAAGCCACCUCGAAUGCUUCAUUCAGUUGUAAAUUUGUCUCUGCCUGCCUCUCCGCCCACCUCUUUGGCCCGGGAGCAAGCGGCUGUGACUGCGGCCGUCAGGUGUGCAUCUCGGUUUAAGUCGGCAGGAUGAGUAGGAGAGGGAGUAAGUGAGGAGGAGGAGAGGGCGAGGAAGGGAAGUGGGCAAAGGGGAGGCAAGCGCGAAGAAGGACCCCUUCAGCUCGGGAGUUUUCUCCCUCUGGAAUUAGCCCAUCGGCUGAAAAGUUUAAGAUGUCAACAAAUCCUGCAGCAACUAAGGCCAAGGAUGUAAAACAGGUGAUUCCAUAUUUGUCUUUUAUUUUCUCUUUCUCUCCCUUGUCCCACUUCUUUGCAAAGAGCCAUGGAUCUUAGAUGGUGCUAUUUCAGUGUUGACUGAUACAGUUUGUAAUAAGCAUGGGAAAUAUGAUAUUUCUCAAGUGACUUAGGCACGAGGCCCAAGAUAGCUUGGAAAAGCUUGCUCUACCUUUGUCCCUAACUCAGGAUGUUUGCAGAAUCCAGCCAUUGUGAUUUAUUCAACAAACAGUGGCUAAAAGUGAUAUAUGAAGCCAGUCUUUUUUUCCUCCCUCUGCCCCUCCCCCCAUGAAGAUGGAGAGGUUUGUCUAUAGUUACUGCUGUGAAGGAAUAGCACUGUACCUGGACAGCUGUCUCCUCUUUUUAAUUCUCUCACACUUGCAGAUCUGAGCUGUGGCAUCAGGUCUUAGUUCUGAGGAUAAGCCCUUAGUCGUUUAACAUAAAACCACCUGUGAUUUCAGAUGCCUUAAACUACCCCCACAGUGUUGUGUUAGGCCAUUGUUUCUAUUUGAAUAACAAGGUCAUUUAAGGUGGGAUAAAAGUUUUAUUAUCCAUAACCUAUCCCUUAUAAUUGAUUCAUAUUAUUAUAUGACAAAGUCCAAACUAUGUGUACUUUAAAUAACCAAGUUUCAGGAGAGAGAAAGGUGUGGCAAGAAGGAUAUUUAAUUAUAUAGGGAUGAAAAGAAGCAUCAGUAUUUGGCAAAUCAGAUAAAAGGCAAAUAUUGUGUUGUAAUAUUGAGACAAGAUAUUGUGCUUUUUCAGACUUACUUGGGAUACUCAAAAUUCCCUGAGAAGCUUAAUAGACAAGAGAUGCUUAUUCUCGCACUGAGGAUAAUGUGUAAACUCAAAAGGUUUCCAAAAGAAAACUUGGUUUAGUACUAUUAAGAUCUCUGUGGCACAGCAAAUAAGAUAAUACGGACAAUGUGGUGGCUAUUAUCUAAUCUCAAUUACUAUUUUAAAUGUUUUAGUUUUAUAUGAAUGUGUGAUUUUGAAUCUGUUACUUUCACCAUCAAGAAAUAGAUACAUAGUUCUUUGGAUACAGAAUUUAUGCAGACGACUAAUGCUACUAAUACAUAGCCCCAAGGAAACUAUGUGUAAGUGAUGAGAUUUAUGCGCUAUGAAUCAGCAACAUGUUUGCAUGUCUGGGAUUGAUGAUUCAAAAAAUUUCUUUAGAAUUCUGGCCCUUUCCUCUUAAUCGUAGUUGGACUUGGGAGAAUUGAAGACCUGAACUUGCUCACAUUUAGCUCAUAGAGGAAUAUGACUGUCAUUUUCACUGCUCUAGGCAAUCAUUUGGCAGAGAUGGCUUUUUCCAAUCUGACAAUGUUGGUAAAUAUCAGCCAGCAGUUGUUAAAGUCCCAAGAACCCAAUUGUGUUUUGGUGUAACUAGUUCAUAGAUCAUGCCAUGAAUAUUUGUAUACAUAUAUGUCAUUGCUCUGUUUUUAUUUUCCCAUCCAUUCCAAUUGGUCUGAAGACGAUCUGCCACUGAUUUCAGUUCUACAUAGCUUGAAACACUGAAACACUGUCUCCUUCUAUGGAGACAGAAGGGGAAGUGAUAGAUGAAAGGGAACGAGGAGCUAGGGAAAUAUGUUUUUUUUUUUUUUUAGUGAGAAGGUAGACUCCUGAUAAAUGCUGCCAUUUCAGCAAAACAUCAGUUGAGCCAUCAAUAUAUGGAUUUGGCUCCAGGAGGCAGAAACAUGAGAUUGGAAAAAUUGCGACCUUAAUAAGAACUAGUACUAAGAUCUCACAUGGAAAUGCCUAACUUACAAUGUGGUUUGAGCUUAGUAUAUUGUGAACUCCCAGCCAUUAUGGAUUAUGAUUAAACAAACUAUAGCAAGAUAGAACAUGUAUUAAUAUGAUUUGUAAGUCCAGACUAUUUCUGUGGCUUAGCUACAUUUAUAUAAUUUGUUAAACAAGCCAUCUGUUGAACAAGUGAUCUGGCUUACAAUAAAGCAUGAUGGGAAAGUUCAGUCAUUAUAGUAAGCUAAAAUCAAAUCAUGAUGAAACCCAUAAACCAUUUGAGUAUGAGGGAAAGAUACAGGACAGGUAUCAUUUGAUAGGGACCUAGCAAUUUCUGUUUUUCUGUCUUUGACAUCUUAUUUACCAUGUAGUACCUUAUUGAGAACCUCUGUCCCACUUCUUCCUGCUAUGGAAGACAGAGUAAGGGAUAAACUUUUGAUUUUAAUCUAUGCAUAUAUGAUGCUUCCUUAUACUAUAUCAUAGAAUUGAUUUUUGUAGCUUACUUCCAUUUUCUAUGAUUAGUGGUUGCUCUCAAGAAAUUCUGCUACUCAAAAUUGAAGUUGGUUUAUCCCAAUAAUUCCAAGCUAUGGAUUCUCCCCGAAGAUGGAACAUUCCAGUGACUUUGGACACAGAACAAGCUGGACCUAAAGAUGAUAUCAUCCAGGUCCAAAGUCUUUCUGAAGAAGAAGAAGAAGAAGAGGAAGCUUUGUGGGAGAAGAUUGAGAGUGUGCGACACCAACUAACUCGCUCUUUGAAUCCAGAAAAGCUGACACCCUACUUACGUCAGUGUCGUGUGAUAGAUGAGCAAGACGAAGAGGAGGUGCUGAGUGCCUAUCGAUUCCCAUGCAGGAGCAACCGAACAGGACUCCUGAUGGAUAUCCUUCGAAGGCGAGGGAAGCGAGGCUACGAGGCAUUCUUGGAGUCCUUGGAGUUCUAUUACCCUGAACAUUUCACCCGACUGACGGGAAAGCAACCUGUUCAGCGUUGCUCUAUGAUCUUGGAUGAGGAGGGUCCUGAAGGCCUGACUCAGUUCCUGAUGAUGGAGGUGAAGAAGGUGAGGGCCCAACGAAAGGAGCACCUGGCCAAAGAACACCAGCUCCAGAUAAAAAACCAAGGCUUAGAAAAGGAAUGUAGCCAGUUGAAGCAACAGCUCCAGGGAUUACAGAAAGUGCAAGAAGGUUGGCAGAGGUUCCAAGAAGAGUGGGAUACCAAGAGCCUGGAGUUGCUAAGGCUGAAGGAUGAAAAUUAUUUGCUGGCCAUGCGCUUUGCACAACUAUGCGAAGAGAAAAACGCUGCUGUCUUAAGGAGUAGGGAUCUGCAACUUGGGAUAGAUCAAUUGAAAUGCAAGAUCGCUAGUAUGGAGGAAGAGUGUUCCUUAUUGAAGAAACAAACAUUAAUGACACCUCAGCGGGAGAUGGAGGAUCAUGGAUUUACUGACAUUUCUGAUUUGCAAGCUGAGAACCAGAGGUUAAUUGCCUCACUUCAAGAGUUGCAGAAUGCAAUGCAGAAAGCAAGGGAAGACCAUGUGCCGGGCUCUGAGAGGGUUCUUCUAGACAUUCUGGAGCAUGAUUGGAAGGAAGCACAAGCAGACCGACAGGAACUGUGUCAGAAGCUCAGCUCCUUACAGAAUGAGCUGCAGUGUGCUGAACAGCUGAGAGAUAAGUAUCUGCAAGAAAUGGAGGAUUUACAAUUGAAAUUCCAUACUCUGCAGAAGAAUUGUGAUCUGUAUAAGCACAGAAUGAACACUGUGCUUUCUCAGCUAGAGGAGAUAGAGAAGGAAAGAGAUCAGGCCAUUCAGAGCCGAGAUGACAUUCAGCUCCAGUAUUCCCAAAGCCUCAUUGAGAAGGACCAAUACCGUAAACGUGUUCGGACUUUGGAGGAAGAGAGAGAUGACUUGCUGAGCAAACUCACACAGGCUGAGGGCACACUAGAGGGACAGUUGCAGCGAUGCUUGUGUAAUAGAGGCCUCGCCAAGAAGAUAUGUUCCUCUUCUCAUUCACUCUACAGCAGCAGUUGGAGCAUAAUAGAGGAUGGGAUUGUAGAUUCACCAGACAUCCUGGACAUUGUAAUCCCAAGAGACUCUGUAGGGCCAGAUGUGGAAGUGACUCCAGACAGAGAGAAAGAAAUAAACCGGCUCUCCAUCUUUCCCUUCCCCCCAUGUGCGGGUUCUAUACUUCGACGGCAGCGUGAAGAUGGGCCAACGCCUUUCAAGAGUUGGUCUUAUGGGUCCUUUGGUAGCAUGGAAGACUUAACAGGAAGUACCACCACCACAGCUUCUUCUGCCAGGUCACCUUCCUCUUCCAGCAGUGCAUACACCAGGGCAAAAUCAGAAGCCUGCCUCUCCAGUGAUUGUGAUCAACAAAAGUUUGCCAGAAGAUCGGUGAUGGUGCAUUUGUCCAAUACAAGUCCCCUGAGAGUUCCAGCACUCCAGAGCAGGGGACUGAUUGGAGAUAUUUCCAUCCUUGGAGGAAACAGAACUGGGAUUUAUGUCCAGUGGGUGAAACCAGGCUCAGAAGCUGAGAAGGCAGGACUCCGAGAGGGAUGUCGGCUCCUAGAACUUAGGGAGGCACAGCUAAAUGGAGAAGGGCUAUCUUUGGAGAACUGCACAUUGGAGGUUGCUCACUUAAGCUUGUUGUACUGGAAGGACCCAUCUGCUCUUCUAUUCUCACAUGAUGCGAGAGGUUAUCAGCCUCUCAAAGAAGCAUCGGAUUCAAGAAAGAAAAUUCUUGGUGACUCAUUUUAUGUGCGUACUAACCUGAGCCUCUUGGAGCUUUCAAACCCUUAUGCUCUAUGUGUGAAGUGUCGAGAGAUCCUUCAUGUUACCGAUACCUUGUACAAGGGGCAGUUGGAAUGGUAUUGUGCUCGUGUGGACCCCUUCACACUUCGAGACUUGGACAAGGGCACAGUACCCAACUACAACAGGGCUUACCAGCUCUUGAAGAUACAGAUAGCAAUGUGGCAGAAAAGCUGCAGGAAUAAGCUGAAGAAACGGACCUUGAAGCAGCUUCGCCUGGUGAAACUCAAGAAACAGGAUGAGAACCCUUGGCUGGACUCUUGCCCAGCUGGAGUUGAAAAACCAUACAGUCUGGUUCACCCUGUAAUGGUUCAGACCCGUCGCCCCGUUAUGCUUUCCCCUGGAUGCUUAGCCCCUCUGCUCCUGAGGAACCUUCUGGACCUCCCUUCUUCACGUCAGGAUUUCUGCUUUAUCCCAGCGGAUAACCUUGCAAAACAAAGAGCAUUCUGUGCUUCUUCCAAGAAUGUUGUUAAUGCUGAGAGGCUCUCCCAGAAUCAGAGGGACUGUGGGAUGAUCCACAUGAUCCAGGAAGCUAUUAAAAAGAACCAACACUGUCUGCUGGAGCUGGAGGUCCAGCUGGUAAAGGAUCUAAUUAAAAGUGAAAUAUACCCCAUCAUUAUCUAUGUUAAAGUCACUGAGAAAAAGAUCAAAGGAAUCAGGAGCCUAUUAGGGAAGCCGGGGCAGCGAGAAUCUGAGGUACUAAAGAAAUGUCAAAGAGAUGAAUGGGUUCUCCAUACCUUGCCCUGUUUGUGGGUAUGGGUAGAUCCUCAGUCCUGGAGCAGUUCAGAGGACCUGGUAAAGGUGGUACGGGCCCACAUCUUCCAGGAACAAACCAGGAUGGUGUGGAUCGAGGAGAAUGAUAUGUGA